UAAAAUCUCGAGCUUCUCCUCGCGAGACACUUGGUUCUCAUGCUCGCUGCGGGGGUCGGAGGUCAGAGCGAGCGUCUCGCGGGCCACAGGAGGAAGAUGGCGGUGGAGUCGCGCGUCACCCAGGAGGAAAUUAAGAAGGAGCCGGAGAAGCCGAUCGAUCGGGAGAAGACGUGCCCGCUGCUGCUGCGCGUCUUCACCACCAACAACGGCCGCCACCACCGCAUGGACGAGUUCUCCCGAGGGAACGUCCCUUCCAGCGAGCUGCAGAUCUACACCUGGAUGGAUGCAACCUUGAAAGAACUGACUAGUUUAGUGAAAGAAGUCUACCCAGAAGCUAGAAAGAAAGGCACACACUUCAAUUUCGCAAUUGUUUUCACGGAUAUUAAAAGACCUGGCUAUCGAGUAAAGGAGAUUGGCAGCACCAUGUCUGGGAGGAAGGGGACUGACGACUCCAUGACCCUGCAGUCACAGAAGUUCCAGAUAGGAGACUACCUGGACAUAGCCAUCACCCCCCCGAACCGGGCACCUCCUCCUUCAGGCCGCAUGAGGCCAUAUUAAAUUUUAGUGACUAUUUGUUGAGUUUUUUUUUGUUCAGUUACAUAAAACAAACCUACGCUUUUUCCUCCCCUCAUUGCCAUUAAGCCUUUAAACACUAAUCAGAUUGUAAUGCAUCUAUUUAGAAGUUAGGUUUGGCUGUGCUAUGGAAUGAAUAUUAAUAGAAAAUCCAUGUUUCAAGUCCUGUAAAAUAUGAAGAAAGUGCUCUUAGUAUUCUGUGUAAAACUGUCUUCUUAAAUAUAUGUGUGCAACCGA